AUGGAAAAGUCUACGUCACAAGGACCAAAAAGAAGUCUUUCCUCUGGAUCAACGUUAGUGGGCAACUCUACAGAUGAUCAAAGUUUUUCAAGUUCUAUUGAAGACUAUGAUAUAAACCUAGAAAAUCCCAUAGGUUAUGGUGCGUCUGCAAGAGUAUAUAGUGCCAUAUAUAAGCCUUCGGGCAAAAAGGUUGCAGUCAAAAUGAUUAAUUUGGAUUUUUUUGAGCGAAAUCAAAUUGAUGAAGUGAGGAGAGAAACGCAGUUGAUGUCGCUAUCCAAACAUCCUAAUGUAUUGCGUGUCUAUGGUUCAUUUGUAAACGAGUCUAAUUUAUAUAUCGUAACACCAUACAUGUCAGCUGGUUCUUGCUCGGAUAUCAUGAAGACUGCAUAUCCAGAUGGCUUUGAGGAAGCAGCUAUUGCUACUAUAUUGAAGCAGGCACUUCAAGGAUUAGAUUAUUUACACAAAACUGGUCAUAUUCAUAGAGACGUUAAAGCUGGGAAUUUGCUUGUAGAUGAAGACGGAACCGUUUCACUUGCUGAUUUCGGUGUAUCAUCCUCUCUUACAGAGAAUGGUGAUCGAAGAGGAUUUCGGAGAACUUUCGUCGGCACGCCAUGUUGGAUGGCGCCUGAAGUGAUGAAACAUGCCGAUUAUGACUACAAAGCCGAUAUUUGGUCAUUUGGGAUAACAUCGAUUGAAUUAGCAACUGGAAACGCACCAUUUGCUAAAUAUUCACCAAUAAAGGUUAUUAUGGUGACUCUUUCAAAUGAUCCGCCGACUCUGGACAGAGAUUCCACUAAGCAUAAAUAUUCGAAAGCUUUUAAGGAAAUGAUUGAUCAGAGUUUGCAAAAAGAUCCGUCGAAACGGCUAUCCGCUGAAAAGUUGUUAAAUCAUCAAUUUUUCAGAUUAGCUAAAAGAAAAGAUUAUUUGGUAACGAAGAUAUUACAAAACUUACCAGCACUGGAAAAAAGACCACAUAAAAGAGUUCAGCAAAAACCCAUAACUUAUACCAAGGGGGAAGAUACAUGGGAUUUUCAUGAGACGGAUGAGAUAUUAUUAUCUAGUCAGGAAAUGAAACAUGUCUCGUUUAACAUGAUUUCUGAUGCUGGCGAACUUCCAACGUCAGAGGAGGAUUCAAGUACAGCGACGAAUGUGUUACCAAAAAAGUCACGAUUUUUGAUUGUAGACCAGGAUACUAGCCCUGAAUUGGUUACUCAAUUACCAUCAUCUGUACCAACCACACCAUCUGAUACGUCUUUUACCCAAUUCCCACCUCACUCCCCGUCUUCAAGUGGAUUUCAACAACAAUUGUCUAUCGAGGAACAAUCUCAAGCUAUUAAAAAAGGAAGGUUCAGUGUAACAGAACGUACUGUGUCAAACGACUCGCAACUUGAACAUGAAAGUCAACGCCCUCCUUUGGAAAGAGAGCAAUCCAACGAAAAUAUUACAGAUAAAAAGAGUCGGUUUGAAGUUCAACAAAAAACUAUACCUCCUUCGAGUGUUCCUGCUGCUGCUGCUACUACUAUUGUAAAUAAUGAUUCCAAUGAAGAUGGUGGAUCUACGGAUAUCAUGACCACCGAAAAACCUACGAGCGAUGAGAAGUCUACUACGAGCACUAAAAAAGGAAGAUUUCAAGUUCAAACAAAGGCCAAUAGUUCUACGUCUUCAUCAGGAAACAUAUCAGAGGUGACAUGUUCACCGCAAUCCACUAUCACGGGCCACUCUCCUAGUGUCUCCCCAACCUCAUCCAUUUUACGCGGACAAAUGAACACUAACACAGUGACUAUACAAAUCAAUACAUUAUUACGACAAAACGAACUCCAACGCUCUGUGUUGAGUGACUUGCUUGGCCUUUGUGGAGAUACGACUUCUUUAGAUGCUAGAUUACUUUCACAACCACUACAAUAUCAAAAUCCACAACCGUUUCAAAACGGGAAUUCCGAAUUUCAUAUAAGUUCGUCAAAAGAAAUGUCCGAUUAUUUAAAUAAUAUUGAUCGCCAGUUUCAACAUAUAUUGCGUGAGAACGAAGAUCUACGGAAAGAAAACGAAAAUUUGCGAAGGGAGGUUGAUAGAUUGAGAAAACUUCAACCGGUUUCAACAACAAAUAAUGCACCUGAUUUGAUUUAG